UCCAAAGAGAGCACAUUUUACGCACAGGCGUUAUGGGCGUCCAGUUCGGUUAGUGCGCGUUCCUUUCACACCACAGGACGGAACAGAUAUUUGGUAAAAUGUGGACCGUUCCGAGACCGAAAUACCGACGUGGUUUAUGCUCAGAGGGUGAAAUCUCUGUGAACAUCGGCGGCGUCAGAGCGGUGCUCCUCGGUGACAUUCUGAACCGGUACCCGGACAGCAGACUGGCGGAGUUGUUGAACUGCUCAACUCAAAAUCACGACCUUAUCUCGUCUCUGUGCGAUGACUUCGACCCCGGCAGGAAGGAGUUUUAUUUCGAUCGAGACCCCGAUGCCUUCAAGUGCAUCGUCGACGUUUACUACUUUGACGAGAUCCACAUCAAACCAGGCAUUUGUCCGAUCUGUUUCAUCAAGGAGAUGGAGUUCUGGAGAAUAGACCAGAGCGUUUUGGACGAGUGCUGCAAAAGUUACUUAAGUGAGAAGGAGGAGGAGCUCAGGGAGAUCGCCACGAAGGUCAAGGUGAUUUUGGAUGAUCUGGAGGCAGAUCGGUGCAUUACGCGCACACAGCGGUGCCAAAGGUUCUUGUGGAAGCUGAUGGAGAAGCCGGGUUCCUCUUUGCCCGCGCGCGUCGUUGCCAUCGCGUCCUUCCUGUUCAUCCUGGUCUCGGCGGUGGUCAUGUGCGUGGGCACCAUCCCGGAGCUCCAACUCACGGACGCAGAUGGUAAACAGGUGGAGCACCCCACGCUGGAGGCCAUCGAGACGGUGUGCAUGUUAUGGUUUACCUCGGAGUACCUCCUGCGACUCACCUCCUCUCCGCACAAGCUGCGCUUUGCGCUCUCCUUCAUGAACGUUAUAGACUUCCUGGCCAUCAUGCCGUUCUACGUGGUGCUUUCCCUCACCUAUCUGGGCACCACGUCCAUGAUGGAGCUCGCCAAUGCCCAGCAGGCGGUCCAGGCUCUGCGCAUCAUGCGCAUCGUGCGUAUUUUCAAGCUGGCGCGCCAUUCAUCCGGACUGCAAACUCUGACUUACGCGCUGAAGAGGAGCCUGAAGGAGCUGGGGCUGCUCCUCAUGUACAUGGGUGUGGGCAUCUUUGUGUUCUCGGCGCUGGCCUACACCAUGGAGCAGAGCCACCCGGACACCCUGUUCAGGAGCAUUCCGCAGUCCUUCUGGUGGGCCAUCAUCACCAUGACGACGGUGGGCUACGGCGACAUCUACCCCAAAACCACGCUGGGCAAGUGCAACGCGGCCGUGAGCUUUCUGUGCGGGGUGAUCGCUAUCGCUUUACCCAUCCACCCCAUCAUCAACAACUUUGUCAUCUUCUACAACAAGCAGAAAGUUCUGGAGACCGCGGCCAAGCACGAGGUGGAGCUGAUGGAGCUGAAGUCUGGAAGAGAGGAGCGCAGAAAAGAGCAAGAUUAAACUGUUCCCUAUACGGAAUAAAACAUGAACAAUCACUCUGAAGCUAAGAAAAAAAGAAGGCACCAAAAUAUC